AUGUCAAAGACCUUCAAGCUGUCCGAGGUAGCAGAGCACAAGAAGCCUGACUCGCUGUGGAUCGUUGUCGAGGGUGAUGUAUACGAUGUCACAAAGUUCGCAGAUGAGCAUCCCGGAGGAAAGAAGAUCCUCCAGCGAGUUGGCGGCAAAGAUGCAACCGCCCAGUUCUGGAAAUACCAUAAUGAGGCCAUCCUCAAGAAGUACAAGCCCAAGCUUUUGAUCGGUUCAUUAGAGGGUAAGGCUGCGCCCGAGCCUCCCAAGGAAGAGCCCAAGCCCGCCGAAUCCAAGGUCGCAGAGCCAGCGAAAGUUGAAGAGCAGGCGCUCGUACCUAUGAAAUCUGGCCCUGUCGCACCUGCCCCAGCAGAGGAGAACCUGAAGGAAGCUUUGGAACCAUGGGGUGACAUGAUCCCCUACGGCGAUCCAGCCUGGUACCAAGGUUACCACUCACCCUACUACAACGAGUCGCAUGCCGCCCUUAGGACGGAGGUCAGGGCUUGGGUGGAAGAAAAGAUUGAGCCUUACCUCAACGAGUGGGAGAAGGCCAAGUUUGUACCGGUUGAGAUUUACCAACAGAUGGGACAGCGCGGAUACCUUGCGGGUCUCCUCGGUCUCCACUAUCCCGUAGAGUAUACCCCCUACAGGAUCGCUGCUGUACCACCUGAGAAAUGGGAUCUCUUCCACGAGUUCGUUGUCACCGACGAAAUUUCACGCACUGGAUCUGGUGGUUUUGUCUGGAACAUGAUUGGGGGGUACGCCAUUGGUCUACCUCCCGUUAUGAAAUUCGCCAAAAAAGAACUCAAAGACCGCAUUGUCCCUGGUAUCCUCAAGGGUGAAAAGCGUAUCUGCUUAUGUAUCACUGAGCCCGAUGCGGGCUCUGACGUUGCGAAUCUUACUUGCGAGGCCAAGAAGACUCCCGACGGCAAGCACUACAUUGUCAAUGGCGAGAAGAAGUGGAUCACCAACGGUGUCUGGUCCGAUUACUUCACUGUAGCCGUGCGUACAGGCGGACCCGGAAUGGGCGGUGUUUCUGUCCUCCUCAUUGAGCGCAGCGAGGGCGUCACAACCCGCGAAAUGGACUGCCAGGGAGUUCACGGAUCAGGAACUACAUACGUUACAUUCGAGGACGUUAAGGUUCCCGUCGAGAACCUUAUCGGCAAGGAAAAUGCUGGCUUCAAGGUCAUCAUGACAAACUUCAACCACGAGCGUAUUGGAAUCAUCAUCCAGUGCACGCGCUUCUCGCGUGUCUGCUAUGAGGAAGCAAUGAAGUACGCUAAUAAGCGCCGAACAUUCGGGAAGAAGCUCAUUGAGCACCCCGUCAUCCGCAUGAAACUCGCAAACAUGGCAAGACAGGUAGAGGCUACACACAACUGGCUAGAGAACAUCAUUUACCAGUGCAUGAAAAUGGGAGAAACCGAGGCGAUGUUUAAGCUUGGUGGUGCUAUUGCUGGGCUCAAGGCGCAGGCGACAGUCACCUUUGAGUUCUGUGCGCGCGAGGCAGUCCAGAUCUUUGGCGGUAUUGGAUACACCAAGGGUGGUCAGGGUGCUAAGGUAGAGAGGCUGUAUAGGGACGUCAGAGGUUAUGCCAUUCCCGGAGGCAGCGAGGAAAUUAUGUUGGAUCUUAGCAUCAGGCAGUCCAUGAAGGUGCACCAAGCGUUGGGAAUGAAGUUGUAG